AUGUCGUCAAAAUACGACGACGAUCGAGAACAAAAGCGUCGAUCGGUGAAAGAAGGUGAAUGGGCAUGUGUUGAUGCCAAAUGUGCCAAAAUCAACGAUGAUUCACGUCAGUUCUGUGAUGACUGUGGCAAAGGUAUGUCGUUUUUAUCGAAAAAUACAGAAAAAGGGUUUUCAGCCAAACCGCGUGCUAAAAGCAAGAUGGGCAAGGAGUUGGGCAAGGAAAUGGCCGAUAAAUCGAAAGGAUUGUUUGCAGCGGAGGAUUGGAUCUGUUCAAAGUGCGGUAACGUAAAUUGGGCGCGUCGCAAAACGUGCAACGUCUGUAAUGCACCGAAAUUGGCAGAUCUGGAGAGAAGAACGGGCUAUGGAGGAGGUUAUAACGAUCGGCAAGAUGUGGAAUACAUCAAACGGGACUAUGAUGAAGAAUUCGACGAGUUUGGACGGAAGAAAAAGAAGAAGGGUGAGUUUAAGUCAGACUACUCCAAAGAAGAUGGCGAGGCAUCCAGCGAUGAGGAAGAGCAGAAAGAAGACGUGGAGGCUAAAAGAGAUGAGGAAGAAGAAGAGGACGAUGAUGAUGGGGAUCUCGGAAACUAUGAUUUCGACUUCGAUAUGGAUCCAGAAUUGGUGGAAAAGGUGGAAGAAAUCAAAAAUGCUGAAAGUAAUGCGAAUGAAUCGGCGGCAUUUGAGGAGAGCGACUGCUCGUGUUCUUGCUCCGGUGGAGAAUGUUCGUGUGUGGAUAGUGAGGAAGAAAAGGAGAAGGAAAGAGAACGUCGGAAGGUUCACAAAUCGUCAAGAGAACGAGACAGGGAGAGCUAUAGGAAGAGAAGCUCGUCUCGCGACAGGAAACGGGAUAGAAAAAGGAGCAGGAGCCGGGAUCGUCAUGAUAGAAGAGAUAGGAAGAAAUCGCGAUCUCGUUCACGCGAUCGCCGACGAAGCCGCUCUCCUCCACGUGGCGAGAGACGUCGUGACGAUGAGAGACGCAGAGAGAAGGAUCGUAGAAGAAGCAGAUCAAGGGAUAGAUUUCGGCGAUGA